AACCUCACCCGCUGAAGUUAAAGCUGAGAGGAGGCAGUCGCUCCAAGCGUGGACAGUCGACAGACCGACGUCAUGCUGCUGCAGCCCAACAGGAGUCCUCUCCUGCUCACCGUCACCUGCAUGUGUUUCUCGGGAGCUUUGCUUUGGUCUUACCAGGAAGAGGAUGCCAGUGAGGGGGAAAAAUGCUCUGAGAAUAACAUUUCAACUACAAAGUAUCCCUGCGUGAAGUCGACCGGAGAAGUUACGACAUGUUACAGGAGGAAAUGCUGCAAGGGCUUCAGGUUUAUAAUGGGCCAGUGCAUUCCUGAAGAUUAUGACGUGUGUGCUGGCGCCCCCUGUGAGCAGCAGUGUACAGACCAUUUUGGGCGUGUAGUGUGUACUUGUUACUUAGGUUACCGUUAUGACCGUGAGCGCCACAGAAACCGGGAGAAGCCCUACUGUCUGGACAUUGAUGAAUGUGCCGACAAAAACAUGAGCGCCUGCUCUCAGAUCUGCAUCAACACCGCAGGAAGCUUUAGGUGUGAGUGUGAGAAAGGCUAUUUCCUAGAAGAUGAUGGGAAGACUUGCACCAAAGGGGAGAGAGCAGUUCAUCUCUUUGAGAAAUGUGAUAAUUUAAUGAAUGCUGGAACUUGCUCUGCCACAUGUGAAGACUUCCUCCAGAUCAAGAUGGCAGUGCUGCAGCUUAAGCAGAAGAUGGCCUUGCUGUCGAAUAGUGCUGAUGUCCCUGUGCAGAUGAUGAAUGAGAAAAUUAUGACAUCAUCUGUAUUUUUACCAGGACCUCCAGGUUCCCCAGGGCCUCCAGGAGACACGGGACCAGUUGGCCCUCCAGGAUUGACAGGGCCCCCUGGUCCACCUGGUCCUAGGGGCUUGAUGGGACCAAUUGGACCAACACCAGACCUGUUCCACAUCAAACGUGGCCCUCGAGGACCUCUGGGCCCCCCAGGAGCACCAGGGAGAGAUGGCCUAAAGGGGGAGAGAGGAGCUCCCGGGCCUGCUGGACCACCAGGACCACCAGGAUCCUUUGAUUUCCUGCUUCUGCUGAUGGCAGAUAUCCGCAAUGACAUAGCUGACUUGCAGAGCAAGGUGUACGGUCGGCCAAUGCACUCUCCGGAAGAGGACAUUCCUUUGGCGCCAGACAGCUGGAGAGACACAGCGGACAGUUUGGAUGCAGGAUCAGGGGAGGAUUACAAGGAACCUCCAUCUCAAACAGGCCGAUGGUCCAAAAGGAACAAGAAGAGAAAACCAGGGCGAGAGAGAACAAACUGAUCACACUGAUAAUGAAGGGAGGCUUUGAAUGCUGUCAGAUAUAAAUAUUGAAGCGGUUUGCUUUUGUAUUUAAUGGUUUUUAAGAACAUAUUUUAUGCAGUUUUAUUACAGAUGUUUAUUUUUUUAUAAGACUUAAAAUGCGGUCUUUGUCUUUUAACAAAUGUAAGUAGACUCUGGCAGUAUUUGUGUAUUUUAAACUCUAUGUUAUGAGAAACUGAACAAACCAAUAUCUAAGGAUUGACAUCUUGAUCCAUAAUGUCAGAAGAUGCAGAAAAUCGCCACAGUUGCUGCACUUGACCUUAUUAAAGUAACUUUAAUGUUUUUCAUCCAUUAAACACAAGAAUAAUAAUUUCGGUUGGCAAAGUAGAAGUUUUUGGAGAAGUAGCAGCACUGUUCAUUUACGUGACUGAUAAUCAACAGUAUUUAUAGCCAGAUUAAGAUUAUUUGUGGUCUGAAUGGUUGUUUGGAAAUUCAUUCAUAUCUUUAUUCCAGUCGCAAAAAAGGUCCAUAGUGAAAAUAAUAGGGUAUAAUAAACAAAACAAGAAAAAGAUACAAAAAUAAACCUGACACAUAUUAUUCACUGAGUCACAAAUAAAUGAUGAUGCCAGUGAUUCCACCUUCUUGAAGAAAAUCUCACUGUACUAAGAGCAGGGUUUACUAAAACUGCAAUUAUAUUAUUGAUGUGUACAUUUCAGUUUUACAUAGAUGUACUACAGUUGUGUGCCUGUUGUGAAACAAUUCCUGUUAAAGACAUCCUCAGUUUACAAAACUCUUUACAGUAUGUUUGAAAACUUGAAUCUGAAUUAGGGAAUUAUGCCACCUUUAUUUUUUCAUCUGAAAAUAAUGUACUUUAAAAAAUAGUGUCCAAUUUUAAUAACUCGAUAACAAUAUAUUACACAUAAAAAGCUAGCACAAGAACAAUAGGAAAUGGCUCAGAUAUGGAGAGAAUAAACAAACUGCAAAACAUUGACUAAUUAAUACAAGGCAGAUUAACUCAUUAAAGUUCAGCUGAUGAGUUUUAAUGGUUUUCUCCAUAAGGGGGAGAAAUCACAGAAGAGCACAUAUAAAGAGUUGAAAGUAACAAAAAAAAUUAUCUUUUUAUAUUUAAUUUAACUUUUCUGAAAAAUAUGAUUGCUAUUUAAUUAAUGUAAUAUGUAUUUUUUCUAGAGAUCAAUAGAGAGCAGUUCAGUCCUCUUAAAUCAAUAGAAAACCUGUUUCUGAGGCAGUACCCAGAAAUGCAGUACUUUUUCACCAUCGAGCAUUUUACAAAUAUAUGUGAUUCAAGGGAAAGCUAUUUUCAACCAUUUCAUAUUUAUACAGCAAAUAUUUGAUUUUGUAAAGAAAGAUGCAGAAGCUUCUAUUUGUUUUGUUUUUUUGUUUUGUUUUGUUUUGUUUUUGUUUUUUCAAAAACUCAAUAUUCCUUUCCUCAAUUUUGUGUUGAAUGAGAAAACAUUCAUGAGAUUUUCUCCUUGUUUCCUGUACAAUAAGAUGGACAGUCUUCCCAGGCCUGCAAUAAGGAAAUGCUCUUCCCUUCUGAGUACACUAGAUGGCAGCCUUCUCACAUUCUUUCACUCGGACUCUGUGACUUCUGUUUUUUAAGUAGAGCAUAGAACAUGGAGCCCAAUGAACUCAUUAAACUUUGCACUGUAAAUCACAGAGAUGCAAUAUGGUAACCAAAAUCCAACUCUGACUAGAGUUUUAUGGGUGAGUUCAUCCGGCGUGAUUAAUGACUGUUUUCUUGUUUAUUUUAGGACUCAAGCCACCAGUUGCCCAUAAACAAAAGACGCAUUCAGAAACUGACUCAUCUCUAUCAGAGUAAUUAUUUUAAGCAACUGAAAUAAUUGCUUAAAAUAAGCAACGAUCAACACAUUUUAAACACUAUAAGCUGGGGGUAAAGUCUAAAAAAGCCCCUGCUAUGCAGUUACACUGACUGACGUUCUUGUUCAUUGUACCAACAGCAAAACACAUAAACAAAUUUAGGACGUUUUAGAUUUUUGUUGAACUUCUGAGUUUUCCAAAUCUAUAUAGACACACUUUCACAUAUUCAUGUCCAGCAGAUCAAGACAAACUAGACAAUAUAUGCCCAUAAAAUCCCUGCUGGAAGUAAUUAAUCACCAACAAACAGAGAGGAGCCUUAAAUGAAUUUAACUAUUUGCUGAAGAGGCCCCUUGGUUCCACUUACAUCUCCCUGCUCAUCCCCUUCAUUAUUUAGAACUACCCACAAAAAGAUGCAGCACCGAACAAGUACACACAUACACGCACACACACGCCUGUGAAAAAAUGUUUCAUAGCAAAUUAAUGAGGAAGUUACUGUGCUGCCAUAGAGCCCCUAAUGAGGUAAUUUUAUUAGAAGCGGCUGCCCAGAACAGUAGGAAAAGGAUGGGGGAAACAAACAGGGUAGAGAAAAUUAGUGUUACCCAAUUCAUUAAUUAAUGCACCAGUGUGGGCAGCAAAUUAACUGCCCCAAAUAAUCUUCUAUUGAGCGAAGAUUAUGAUGGCGGGGAAAAGAAAAUACAUUGUUGCCCUUCAACGUAAUUACAAGACAGUGCAAAUUCAAUUCUAAUGAGGUGAAAGGCACCCCCUUAACAUACAUCCCCUAGUCCCCUUCUCUGAAAAGGCCCACUCUUGUUGAGGCCUAAGUUUAAGGAAGUAUUGAGAGCGAACGAGACAAUGCUGAGAGAUCGGCCCGGGCCUGAGUGCUUUACAUGCUGCAAACAGGUAGAGGGGACUGAAUGGCUCUCUUUCUGGGACUCCUGGGGGGCCUGUCUUCCCAGCAUAACAACACUUGGCCCCGAGAAAAGGGUCCGCUGAGGAGCCCCGGAGAGUGAAUGGACCUGCGCCGCAAUGGGUCACCCUGAAUGGCCACAAGUUCUUUACUGAUUAAAAACUAUGUUGCGCUGGCCCCAGGGCCACGCACAUUUGCGCAGACACACACAGAAGCACACACUCUGCCUCUCAUUGAGUUAUCUUUACUCAUGCUUUGUCUCCUCUAAUUGGAGCUGAUGAGUGACUAAUUGGUAGCUUUUUUACAACACCCAGCACUUAAGCGAUGGCAAGCCGAGGGAGGCAGCAUGAGCGGAGUUAAUGAGAGGCUUUGCACAAAUAAGAGCUUUAAAAUGGGCCGGUCUCUCAGAAUGGACGUAAAGGAAAGUUGAGGAUAGCUUUUGUGUCCCCCACAUCUUUCACUUUAUGUGCAGGUAUCUAAAAAGGAGAAGGAGCGGUGGAGGGCACCCAGUGGUUGCUGAAACGCUGAGCACUUGUGCGAAUAAAGGGAUCUGUUCUGUAUUGUUUGGAGCCCAUCGUUUAGUGUGUCUGCUAAUAAUGAGAAAGAACUGCUCCUCAAAUGAAUGUGGCAAAGUCCUCAGGGUACAAUGAGUGC